GCCCCUUCACCCCCCUGCCCAGGUCUCCUGCCGCCAACAUGGCGGCUCCCUGUGUGUCCUGCGGCGCCCCGCUUUCUUACCGGCUGUUUCUCGGAGGUAGGGUCAGCUUUGCCCGCAGACACGGCGUCUGGAAAGCCGCAGCGGCUGAGUUGCAGAUAGGUGCCGGAUCCCAGAUAUUAAGGCUAAGACACACCACAGGUGUGACCACAAAGAAAAAUGUUGCAGCCUUAAGACGUGAAACUUACACAGUGGAUUUUAUUAAAAAGCAGAUUGAAGAGUUCAACAUAGGAAAGAGACACUUAGCGAACAUGAUGGGAGAAGAUCCAGAAACUUUUACGCAAGAGGAUAUUGAUAGAGCUAUUGCUUACCUUUUUCCAAGCGGUUUGUUUGAGAAGCAAGCCAGGCCCAUAAUGAAGCAUCCUGAACAGAUUUUUCCAAAACAAAGAGCGGUCCAGUGGGGAGAAGAUGGCCGUCCAUUUCAUUUCCUCUUUUAUACUGGCAAACAGUCGUAUUAUUCAUUAAUGCAUGAAACAUAUGGAAAGCUGCUAGAUGUAGAAAAACGUCAGAAUCAGUUACAAGCUAAAGGUUUAUUUUCAGAAAACACUAAAACCAAAGACCUGAUUGGCAGCAGAUGGCUGAUUAAGGAGGAACUAGAAGACAUGUUAGUGGAAAAACUGUCGGAUCAAGAUUACGCACAGUUCAUCCGGCUGCUAGAAAGAUUAUUGACAGUGCAGCGUGAUGCCGAAGAAGAAUUUGUGCAGCAGUUUCGUAGGAGUGUAACUAUUCAAUCAAAAAAGCAGCUGAUUGAACCUUUGCAGUAUGACGAGCAAGGAAUGGCCUUCAGCACAAGCGAAGGUAAAAGAAAGAGUGCAAGGGCAAAAGCUGUUGUUUAUGAGCAUGGGAGUGGAAGAAUAAAAGUAAAUGGAAUUGAUUAUCUGCUUUACUUCCCAGUGAUGCAAGACAGAGAACAGUUGAUGUUCCCUUUCCACUUCCUGGACCGGCUUGGAAAACACGACGUGACCUGCACCGUGGCGGGCGGCGGGCCGUCUUCGCAGGCUGGAGCCAUACGCUUGGCGAUGGCAAAAGCCUUGUGCAGUUUUGUCACCGAGGAAGAGGUCGAGUGGAUGAGACAAGGUGCCCGCCGAGGUGGGAGUCGGUGGGGGAGGGAGCUGUCUCCUCGUGACCUCGGGACUGCUGACCACCGACCCACGCGUCAGGGAGCGGAAGAAGCCGGGCCAGGAGGGCGCCCGCAGGAAGUUCACCUGGAAGAAGCGCUGAGCGCCCCUACACAGGCUGGGAGAGGAGAUGCCGGUGUUUGUGCCCACGUGCGGCCCACGGACGGGAGAGAUUUGCCGGCCAGUGUGAGGGCAUGUUGUGGGAUGGUUUGUUUUUAAAGGCUACUUUGUAAAGGUUACCUUGUAAAUACAGUUUUUAAAACAUGUUUAA